ACUGGGAAGGACAAACGUGAGAGUCAAAAACCCUAAUAAACAAGCCACCUCUUGCUUUCUUAAAACACCUUGGAGAUGACAAGAGAAACAUCAAGAUUACUUCCUCUACCCUGGGAUCUGGAAGAUGAAAUACUUUCUAGAGUUCCGGCGCCAUCUUUGAGACGAUUACGGUUUAGUUGCAAGCGAUGGAACGCUUUAUUCAAAGAUCAGGAGUUCAUCAAGAAGCACUCUGAUAAAGCAGCAAAGCAGCAUCUGGUUCUCAUGUUGAAUAAUUUAAAGGUUUAUUCAAUGAAUGUAAAUCUCCAUGAAAUUCACACCAACGUUGUUGAUCCACACAAGUUGAUGAGCCUUAUAGUUUUCAAUAAUCCAGAAAAAUUCAAGGUAUGUAAAAUAUUUCACUGUGACGGGUUAUUGUUAUGCACCACCUUGGACUUUAAACUCGUGAUCUGGAACCCUUGUACUGGCCAAAUAAGGUGGAUCCCAUUCAGUGAUCGUUACAAUACUAACUCCAACUUUGUUCUUGGAUACGAUAAUAACAAAACCUAUAAAAUCUUGAGGUGCAGCAGGGGUAGCCCUGCCAGAAACGUUGGAGUUGUUGAGUAUGGAAUCUAUGAUUUUGGGUCUCAUUCGUGGAAGAAUCUUAAUAACGUUACUCCCAAAUACAGCUACAUAGUUUCAGAGGGCGUAUCAUUAAAGGGGAAUAUUUAUUGGAUUGUCCUCGAUAAAGAGAAACAAUAUGUCUUACGUAGUUUUCAUUUUUCAACAAAGAGAUUUGGAGAGAUUAGUAUUCCUUUUUCGAACAUCGGUGUUGAUUCUUGUCCUACAGCUCUCUCAGUUGUUAGAGAAGAAAGACUGGCAGUAUUGUAUAGCAGUAUUUCUCAUCCAACACAGAUUGCGAUAUUGAUGACGACAGAUGAUAAGAUUGAUCAGACCAAACUUGUGCCGGGGACCAAGUUUUUAUCAGUGGAUCUAUAUAAGAUCAGUAUUCCUCGUGAGCUUAUUUCAAGUGAGACAAGUUUCUUCAUCGACGAGGAGAAGAAAGCGGCCGUGUUAUGCGAUCCUGAAUAUACAUCUAAUACGGGGAUGGUAUUCCUUGUUGGAGAGGACAAUCGAUUCUUGAAAAUCCCCAUAAGGGAACAUAGAGACCAGGUAUGGACGCCACAUAUUUACAAUUACGUUCCAAGCUUGGUUCAAAUCCAACAGGGUACCGUAGAGUUUUUGACAGAAGGACGCAAAAGAAGAAAACGGCAUUAGUCUUUAAAUAUUUUUAUAUUUCUCUUAAUUUUAUCGUUCUUUUUGAAGGUGAAUGUCGCUUGAUUAAUUAACGAACUGGACUUAUAUUUUAUUUUAUGAACAUAUCACCUGUU